GAGGAAAACAAAGAUUUGAGGACUCCGGAUCCCCGAGGGCAUCGUGAGAUCUGUUUUGAAAGGAGCGGGUUUUGAAACUCUUCAGUCUGUUUCCUGGAACGGAGUGGCUUUGAUUGAUUGGUCCCCUCGCUUAUUCGCUGUCAACCUUUUUCUAGAACAUUAUUUAAAAUGGGGAAAAGGAAGAAAGAGUCAAAAAAGAAAUCCAUUAACUUGGGCAGUGAAGCUGAUAAGUGGAUGUCUGAUUUACCAGAAAGUCUUUGGGCUGUACCUCUCUCUAAUCUGUCAUUACCAGGUAGUCAUGAUGCAAUGACAUAUUGUCUGGAUAAGAAGUCAGAAGUCAGUGCAAAUGGAUCCAAAUUGUUGCAGUUACUUGAUAAACAUAUGCAUUGGAUAGUGCACCCUAUUAUUUUGAGAUGGUCAAUAACACAGGAUCUGACUGUGUUGGAACAAUUGGAUGCUGGAAUUAGGUAUUUCGAUUUUAGAAUAGCUCACAAACCUGAUGACCCUUCCAUGAAAUUAUACUUCGUUCAUAUGUUAUAUACAACAGUGGAAGUAGAGGUUGUUCUAUGGGACAUUUUACGAUGGUUGAAAGACCAUCCUUGGGAGGUGGUUGUUCUAGCUUUCAGAAAUUUUGAUGGCUUGGAUGAGAUUCAUCACAAUCAUUUGGUCUCCUGCAUAAAGAAGAUCUUCAGUUCCAGAUUGUGUCCUAGAAAUAUUAUCCCAACCCUCCGCAAUAUGUGGUCAAAUGGCUACCAAGUUAUUGUGUCUUAUGACGAAAUAAUGCAAGUGGUGCAUCAUAGUGAAUUGUGGCCUGCAAUUCCGUACUGGUGGGGAAAUAAGGAUACAGCACGAAAGCUUAUUGAGGUUUUGGAAAAAAAGAAGCAAAGUGGUCGCCCAGAUGGAUUAUUUGUCGCAGGAAUCAAUCUUACUGCAGAUUUAGGAUAUAUUUUGGCAAAUAUAAACAGCUCUGUUAAAAAAAUGACUCUGAAGGCUCUUCCAUUACUAAAUAUGUGGGUAAAGAAACAGCAUCCUGGAUCAAAAAAGGACUGCAUUAACAUCGUUGCUGGAGACUUUAUAGAAAAGAAUAAUUUUGUGGAGAAUGUGAUAAACCUUAAUACCAAACUGAUUUUACAAUAACUCCAUUUAGAUCAUGUUUUGAAAGGAGAUGAUGGGACUAACUGCAAGGAUAAAGUAAGAUGUAAUACAGCAAAUAAUUCACCUUCAUAUUUUUAACCUGCAGUUAAGUACUUGUUUAAAAACUGUAUUUAUGCAUCACUGUAGAAAAUGUCAUGUUUUUAAAAAAAAGAUCUUUCAUGGAAUAAUUGGUUCUCCUGCAAAACGUGCAGCAUCUACAGAAUUUUGAAACAUGGAGAACUUUGAUCAUCUAAUUAGUUCUGUAUAUUUGACUACCUCUGUGCUGUCCCGCUCACUUGCAUGCACAUGUAACGGUGCUUUAGUAGGUUUAUUGAUGCUCCCUGGCAAUUCCCUUCACCAAAACUUCAGAACUGUCCCAAUUAAGUCCAGCCAAAAGAAGACCUAUGUUAGUCCACAGAGCAAUAACCAAUGAGUCCACAAGGUACUUGAAAGUUUCCCAGGCAAGACAAAUCCACCAGGUAAAAUUAAAUCCACAACACAAGGGGGUUCAUGAGGCAAGAAAAAUCCAGAGUUCACAAGGCAUGAUCCAAAGUCAAGGCACAGUGUCAGUCCAAUGCAAGGCAGGAAUCACAACGACCAGGAAACACGCAGCUAGGAAAUAAACAUGUUGUCUCCACCAUCUGCCUAUGUCAAAUAGUGCAGCCCAUCAAGAGGGAUGAAGCUACCUCCUCAUGAGUAAUCAGGCUGACCUUCACUGCUCCUGCCUUUUCUCUGUCCUAUGUGAUGCAGUUCCUCCUAAUCACCAACUGGCUGCAGUUGCAUGCUUUCCCCACCUGAAGCCUCAGGGCUGCCAUGCUGCAGCUACGCUUCAGCCAAAUCCUUCUCAGCAGUUGCCUGAAGCCAUUGACCAACUCCCCUCCUAAUAGUGCCUGGUACUGGUACAUCCUUCUCUGAACUCACAUCUGUAAAGGUAUCUGGUAACACAUCCAGGGAUGUCAUCAUACCUUCCAAGAUCAUACUUGAAAAGAAGUUGUGCAUUUUAGUAAGUAAUGCUUUCCUCGUAUACACUUGUGUCAUAGCCCCAUUGAAUCCUGGUUGAGAGAAGGAAGAUAAGUUGGAACCAGGACCAUCCGACAGGGAUGGCAUGUCUCCCUUCGGAUGCUUGGAGAGGCCAUGGGCUGAGAAAGCUGCUGUCCCAGGUAUAUCAGGCAUUGGAGGAGGUGGUCGACUGGGUGGUGUGCUCCCUGACCUCACAAACAUGGGGAAGGAUCAGCUGCAGACUGGCAGUGGUGUUGCGAGGCAGUAGAUCUCCUCUGAUGAAGAACAGCUGCCUCCCCCACUCAAUCCAGGGGCAUGGAGAGUGGAGCAGAGGCAAACUCAAAGGAGGUCUGUGAGGUUGCUUGCAAGGUCACCCUGCCCCUCCUCACAAGGAACACCUGGCUUGGGUUGAAUUAAGCAGAGCCCAGGAAGGAACAAUUCUUUGCUUUGGCAUGUACUUCCCUGGCCUUGGAAAAAUUCUGCUUUGAUUUGGAUUUCUGCCUAUGGAUUUUGACUCUUGCCUCUGGACCUCUUAUCCUGUGCACCUGGAAUUUUGUGUACAACUUGACCUUGCCUUGUGGAUUUGCGCCUUGUUUUUGGACUUCCUCUCUGCCUUUGUGAUUUAGCUCUGGUGAUUAUUGGCUUUUAUUUAUGGGACUGUGAGUGCCUGCCUUCAGGGAAGUUUGGGGUGGAGCUUUGCUGAAUGUUGUAGUCAAGUUGUUGUGGACUUAACAGAUCAGUAAAGGACACUAUUGAAACGUGCUUCUGCCCAAGUGACCUGGGUCAUAACAGCUUGACAAAUCUGAAUUAGUACAAAGAAUAUAGACAAAGCUGCAAUGUAGUUUUGGUUCAGUCAUUGUGAUUUACAAACCAUAGUUUGGCAUACCAUGACGUAACAUAUAGAGCCACUUCUGGUUAAUUGACAGUAAGUGAACUCAACCACUUAGUUAAGUCAGAGUUUUUCAAACUUGGCAACUUUAAGACAUAUGGACUUCAAUUCCCAAAAUCUCCCAGCCAGUAGACUGGCCUGGAAAUUCUAAGAGUUGAAGUUCAUAUGCCCUAAAAUUGCCAACCUUGAGUAUUAUUGAUUUUUUUAAUGCAUUCUAUCCCAAAACGAGUUGAUGUUAAAUAGUACCAGUUAGGAUUUUAAGCGAGCUUUUAUUUGUAGGUUCCAAUAAUUGAAUAUGGGAUGUAAUGCAUGCAAAGUUUUAGUACAAAUGAGCUACAUUUCCUGAACUCUCAUGAGUUCUUAGUAACAAAGAAGGGAAGGCUUAGUGUGUCCUUUUUACAUGCAGAGGAUAAUUGUAGGCAGAAUUGAAAACCUAGCCAAGUGACUUGAAUGUAAAUAUAGUUAAAUCUUUAGUGGCAAUAACUGUAUACUAUAAAACUGUAAGUUUUUAAAGAGGCCAGAGACUUAGCAGUAUGCAGGGUGCAGAAAGCAAAACACAUUGAUUUUUAAUUCUAUUUUUAAAAUUUUCUCAGGUUUGGAUAAUUUUUUCAAGUAUAAAAAGGGUCGGAUUCCAGGGUAUUUGUUGCUGUAUUGGCAGCUGUAAAAUAUAAAAUUGUAUUUAACUUUCUAUAAAUGCAGCUAUAAAAUGAGAAAGAGAAAUUUCUGCGGCAACCAGUUCUAAAUUUUAAGCAUUUCUUUGGUCAGUACUUUUCAGUUCAAGAUCACAAUUGGUUUUUGGAGUGAUAUACUGUGAAUAACACUCCCCAGAGUCGCUACCAGGAUAAAUGCCACAUUUAAAACCAAUUAAUUUGUAUUAAUAUUGCAUUAGCUAAAGUUCAUAUUAUUACUUCUUGUACAUUUAAUCAUUUUCCUUUUGUAGAGCAGUGAAACAUAACAAUUCAGUAGUGAUUUCUGGAGGAAUGCUGAAGCUGCACCUGGAACUCUGGAAGUCAUGCCAUUAUGUUAUAUGGGUUUCAGUGGUUUAAAUUUUCAGUGGGUGAAGAGUGGGGGGCUGGAUCAAGGUCAAUAAAAUUUCCAUAGCUGAGGGAAUAGCCUAGAAUCUUGUUCUCUCCAAGUCUAGUUCAGCACUGCCCUGGGAAUUUUGUUUGAAAGAACAAAGAAUCAGGACUUAACUGUGCUGGAGAAAGGAAAAUGUUUCAUGAUGGCUGAGGUUUAUGAGGUUGCAUACUAUCUUAUUUCACAGGCGAUGAAUUAGGAAUGGGAAGUGGACUGUGAAUAGCACCCUCCCUGCCACUUUCUUGAUCUACCAUCCCAAAUAAUUGUUUGCUGCAAUGUUUGCUCUGAGAAUCUUCCACAAUACCUGUAGCAGGAGUGACAGCAACAAAUUCUGUACCUCCCAAAUAGAAUUAAACUAAAGGGUAAUAUUAUGCAUUGAGACCUCCAACCUACGUGGAUAAGCCUACAGCAUAAUGUCCUAGAUAUUUCCAUUUGAGCUGUGCUUUUCUUGGUUGAGCUGCUUAUUUUUUUCUCCUUUUCAGCUAUUUUUUGUUUUUGUUUUAAGACUCUGCAUCUCAUGUAAAGCAAUCACACAUUAUUCCAACAGUUGAAGAGACUCCAAAUGACGUUAUAUUUAUAUAUUAUAUUUUCCAGCAUUAAGCAAACUAACUCUAACUCUCUUGGUCUUGUGAAAGGGCUGGAAACCUGGCUAUGCCAAUUAGUUGGGGCCCUGAUGGAGAUUCCCCCGCUAUAGGUGAUUAGGAGAUUAAGAAGAGAAUCUCAUCUACACCCCAGAUUGUUGGUUUACCCAGUUUUAUGCUAAUGCCCAAUGUUUAAAUGCUUUACAUUGCUGUAUAAAACAUGUAUUUAAUGUUUUUAUGAUGUUGCAAGCUGCCCAGAAUUGCCUGACAAUGAGAUGGGUGGCAUGUGAAUUUAAUAAAUGAAACACCUCAACCUCUAUUCAAAUAUAAUUGU